AACGCUCUCUCUCAAACGCGUGGAACAAAAAAUGGAGAAGGGGUUAAUCUCCGUAGACCGUUGGGCAAAAGGAAGCGAAGCUUACUUUCUCACCCACCUCCACUCCGACCACAUCCACGGCCUCACCUCCACGUGGUCCCACGGACCCCUCUUCUGCUCCUCCGUCACCGCCAAACUCCUCCCCUUCAAGCUCCCCGACUUCAAUCUCUCCCUCCUCCACAUCCUCCACACCGGCGCCUCCCUCACUCUCACCCUCUCAUCCACCGUCAUCCACGUCACCGUCAUAGACGCCUGUCACUGCCCCGGUUCUAUCAUGCUCCUAUUCCGCGGCGACUUCGGCUGCUUCCUCCAUACCGGCGACUUCAGGUGGGAAGCCACGUGCCAGAGAGCAACCAACGCCCGUCACAUGCUUGACCACGCUCUCCAGAACCUUCCUGUCGUUGACAUCGUUUACCUCGACAACACCUACUCCAGUCCUAUCUAUGAUUUUCCGCCUCGCCAUGUAGCAGCUCAGAAGGUUAUAGAUAUCAUUUCUUCGCAUCCCGAUCAUGAAGUCAUUAUCGGGAUUAACACUUUAGGGAAGGAAGAUCUGCUGAUUGAAAUUUCGCGUGCGCUUCAAAUCAAGAUUUGGGUAUGGCCAGAGCGGUUGCGGACUAUGCAUCUUCUUGGUUACCCUGAUAUUUUUACAACGAACACGUCUCUUACUAGAGUUAGAGCUGUUCCUCAACAUAAUUUAAGCAUUCGAACUUUAGAGGCAUUUAAUACAAUGCACCCAACUAUAGGAAUCUUGCCAUCGGGUCUUCCAUGGAUAAAGAAAUCACUUCAAAAGAACGAGUUUCUUUCUGGUUCCUUUUUGACAUCAUCUCGUUGUACGAGAGGCAAAUGGAGUGCAAAUAGUGAGGUAGAGAUUGGUGACCAAAUUGGAAACAUAGGAUCGCCAGACAAAAUUCACGAGUACAUGUACACAGUUCCCUACUGUGAUCACUCCAACUAUGAGGAGAUUGAAGAGUUUAUAAAGCUUGUUCAACCAACCAGACUCAAGGGCAUUGUGGCUUACUCGUCAUGCUGUAUUGAACCCAUGUACUAUUUUGGUCGACUUUGUUGUGUCGACCAACAGACACAACAGUUGUAUGAGGAAAAGAAAAGGGAAGAACGUUGUAAAAGAGAAAGAGAAGAAGCAGUCAGCUCCAAAGCUUCAUAUGCAGGUGAUAAUGUUCAGACAGAUAGAGACAGAAGCAAGGCUUUGAAGGGUAGGUUUUCUGGUGUUCGUCUGAGCAGGUUUAGUAGAUUAAGAAAAACUCACCGUGGUGCAAAACUUCGGGGAGAUAACAGUUCUGAUGAAGAAUGA